AUGGACGCUCUUGUUAACUCUUUUGAGGACCUGAACACCUCUCAUACGACCUCUCGAUACAGAGCCAAGCGACACCACGCUCGCACCAAGUCGUCUCCCGGCUCCAUCAAGCGAAACCAGAGCAUUCGACGACACUCGCGAACACUGUCCACCCACUACGACUCGUCCAACCCCUACCAGGACGCCUCCACCUCGUAUGCACAGCUGUCUAUGGGCCGGCGUACCGAAGGAUCCAGCACUAAACCCAGACCGAAAUCCUAUGUCGAACCUAGUCACACCCAGACUCAGGCCCACUACGCUACGGACAGCCACCACCCGUCUCACUCCCGCAGCCACUCGCAGACAGGUCAUGGUCCCCGAGCAACCUUCCGACACCACCAUCACCGCUCCAAGUCGCACACCAACCCCCGGUCUCGUUUCGAACUUCGACCGCAAUCACACCACGAGACGUACACCUACCUGCCGGACGAUCCAUCGCCGCAGUUUGACGAACCCAAUUUUUCGUGGAUGGAGGAAGCCGAAAACCAGCUGAGCGAGCUCCAAUCCAAGUACAAACCGGAACCCAUGGCCGCCUCCACUUCUCUGUCGUGGCAAAUCCCAGACGAAAGCCACCACCUUACUUCAGUGGCCGUCCACGAGUCCUCUCCCCUCAUUGCAGUAGGCUCGGGAGGCAAGGAAAACAACCUGUUUGUCUACGAAACCACCCAGGAUAAGGGCCUCAUCCACCACCAGACCAUUUCUCUGCCGGCCAUUCAUGGCCUGAAAUGGCUGUCCCCUUCGCAGCAGGUGGCUGACCUCGGCAACAUUCUCGCUACCUCGCACUCCAACGGACUGGCCCAUUUGGUUCUUCUCCCGGACUGCUACUCUUCUGACCCUGCCGAGAUUCUCAAGAGAUUCAACCACAAGCACCAUGUUAGCAUUAAGGACACGCUGUCGACCCGAAUCAAGCACCUCGAGCUCACCACACCUGCCUGGAGAUCGUCUGUCUCCUCGUCCCUGGCCACCCUCUACUCCCAGCACCUCUUCUUAUGGGACCCCUCUCGAGGAGACACUCCCGUGCUCACCCGAAAGGUCAAGCGAGCGGAGGCCUUCUCUCUGUCGCCCUUCCAGGAUGGUCAGGUCGCAGCCGCCUGUGGAAAGUACACCUCGCUGCUGGACCUGCGAGCCAAGAGCGGCUCGGUCAACCUGCUGGCAGGUAACACCAACCUGUGUGCUUACUCGCCCAUGAACUCCAAUCUGCUUGCCACCGCCCAUUCCGACGUUUCUGGUCUCCAGGAGAACUGCGUUCGAAUCUGGGACUCCAGACACACUGCCGGUCCCCUCCACAAGCUUGAAGGCCAUACCGACCAGAUCCGAAGCCUCGAGUGGUCCAAGUUUAACCCCUGCGAGCUGCACACCUCGUCCAACGACGGUUCUCUGCGACUUUGGAACAUUGGCCGACAGCAGGAGACCAAGGCUAGACCUUCCCUGGAGGUCUACUCUGGUGACCUUGCUGCCCAGUGGGACGAGCAGAAGGCCAGUGCCCAGUGGCUGCCUCGAAGCGCUCGACAGAUGCAGCAGCGAGGUCUGGCGUUCAAUGUGGCCCCUCUCAACAUCCAGAAGAAGGAGAAGAAGGAGAAGAAGCCUGCUCUGUACUCCUCGUCUGUCAUCGCCAAGACCCCCCAUGCAGCUGUUGCCUCGGCCUCCUUCAUGCCCACAGGCUCCAUGCAUCCCUCUGUAGUCACUGUGGACUCGUACGGAUCGCUGGGCAUCCAUUCAAUGCCUUCUGCUACUCCUUACAACACCGAGCCCGAGACACCCCGAACUCUCACAGCUCGAAUGUCGGUCCAGAGCUUUGCUUCUACAGACAUGUCUUCCGACUUCACAGAGGCAGAUAUGUCUUCUGCUUCGGACACUUCGCCUAUGACCUCCCCUUCCAUGGCAUCAGCAGCCACCUUCCAGUCGUCUUACGACUCUCCAGUCAAAGCUUGCAUUCCUGAGGCCCGUCCUGCCACUUAUGAGACUAGUGUGAGCUCUUCUUUCAUCCCCCCCUUGCAAAUCAAGAAGCGGGUACCCUCUGGACCCCGGCCUGAAGGCUCGCAUGUCCGACGACCUUCCCGGGAGUCUAGAAACAUGCUUCCCGAGCUCGAUCUUGAUUUCGACUUUGGUUUGACGGCUUAA